CACAUUCGAGAUACAUAAAUUAUAAAUUUGCUCAAAACCGUCGACGUUCGAUAACGUUAAAUUGCUUAGUCAAUACACAUUUUAUUCGAUAAAUAUUUCUUUCGGACGACUGGCGGUCAUUCGUAUGUUCAUUGUACUUAUUGCUUUUUUUUUUCGAUAUUCGCAGGAUAAGGAUUAUGCCAACCGUCGAACACCAUGAAUAGGACCAGUGAGAAGAUACUGAAGGAGCACUUCGAAGAACAGCGACCAGGUUUCAGUUCGUACUUGGACUGCCUGACGAGGUCGUACGGUACCGGGGUCGGUGUGUUCGCGGCCACGUUCGCCGUCGUGCACGUUGCGCAGCAGAUCGCGGCCAAGCGGUUUCCACAAGUGAAGAGUACCCACAUAGCCGUGUCCACUGUGGCUGGUACCGUGGCCUCGUACUUCACGGCCAAGAACAAGGUGCGCGAAUGUCGAGAUUUGUGGGCCAACUGGCAGGAACGCGAGCGCGGGCGAUUGCCGUGAUGGUGUCGACCGCUCGU